AUGGCAGACGACGACGCCGUGAUCCGCCGUCGGUUGCUCACUCGCACGAGCACUGUGGGCCAAUCAGGGUUCAAGAAGUGCACCGAGACAAUUUUGACACUGGUGGAUUUCUUACUGGACGAGUCCGUGGACACUGAGACGUGCAAGCAAGAGCUGGACGCGCUCUUCUGGGAGAUGGCCCAGCUGGAGUUUGAGGCUAAUAAGACGGAGAUCUGGAACUAUACGUGCGAUCGCGAGCUUGAGGAGUACGAGACGCUCAAUGCGGAGAUUGACACGUCGAUUUCUAAAGUGACCAAGGACAUUGAAGAGCUCAAGCAGAGCGUGUACGUGGAGAAGAGAGUGCGUGCGUACAAGGAGGAGUACGAGGCCAUUGCUCGGGUGAUUAAUGAGCUGCCGACUCGACGGGAAGUUACAGCGGAGAUUGAGCAUGAGAAGAAACGACUUGAAGACGCGACGAAGGCGAUGGAGGCAGUGGAGAAGCAGCUCGACUUGCGCACGAAACAGUUUGCGCUCUUGAUGAACACGAUCCAGAAUUUACAGGCCACUUUAAGCGAGGAUAUGGCGGAGGACGAGCAGGACAAGGACAAUGAUGAACAGCAGGAGGACGAGGAGAUGGAAGAGGAUGAAGAGAGCAAGGCUGCGGUGGUCUCGAAAAGUGAAGACGACCGUCCUCCGUCAUCUCCAUGA